CUGAUAACCAGUCUGCUAAAUGGGAAUUGGAAGGCCUGUUUAUAUUAGAUUUUGUUGCAUCAUGUUAUAUUAUAGAGGCUGAGGCACAAGAAUUAUUAAGAAAACAAAAGAAAAUAGAGUUUAUUGGAGAUGAGGAUAGAGCUGAAAUGGAAGAUAGUGAUAAAUUAUUAAUAGAGAGUGAUGGCAAAAAAUUUAUGAGUGAAGACUAG